CUUACCAGAAAGCGGAAGCGGCGCGCAGCACGUGGGGGCGGUGCCGGUCGGAGGGCUUUGAGUCUUCUUGGUUUGUGGGAGGUGAGGCUGCUAGCGGCUACAGCCCAGGGCCAGGGGCAGAGCGCGGGGAACUGGAGAGACGCUGCGGAGCUUGGAGACCGGCUGAGCGUCAUGGAGGGCUCUGAGGAGCAACCGGGCCCACGGCCACCGCAUCCCGGGGAACACCGCAUCCGCGACGGCGACUUCGUGGUGCUGAAACGGGAAGAUGUGUUUAAAGCAGUGCAAGUCCAGCGGAGAAAGUAAAAAAGUAACUUUUGAAAAACAGUGGUUCUAUCUGGAUAACGUCAUUGGCCAUAGUUAUGGAACCACAUUUGAAGUUACCAGUGGAGGAAGUCUUCAGCCUAAGAAGAAGAAGGAAGAGCCUACUUCAGAGACCAAAGAAGCGGGCACUGAUAAUCGAAAUAUAAUUGAUGAUGGGAAAUCUCAGAAACUUACUCAAGAUGACAUAAAAGCUUUAAAGGACAAAGGCAUUAAAGGCGAGGAAAUAGUUCAGCAAUUAAUUGAAAAUAGUACAACAUUCCGAGACAAGACAGAAUUUGCUCAAGAUAAAUAUAUAAAAAAGAAGAAAAAGAAAUAUGAAGCCAUGAUUACUGUUGUGAAGCCAUCCACCCGCAUUCUUUCAGUUAUGUAUUAUGCAAGAGAACCUGGAAAAAUUAACCACAUGAGAUACGAUACACUAGCCCAGAUGCUGACAUUGGGAAAUAUCCGUGCUGGCAAUAAAAUGAUUGUGAUGGAAACAUGUGCAGGCUUGGUGCUGGGUGCAAUGAUGGAACGAAUGGGAGGUUUUGGCUCCAUUAUUCAGCUGUACCCUGGAGGUGGACCUGUUCGGGCAGCAACAGCAUGUUUUGGAUUUCCAAAAUCUUUCCUCAGUGGUCUUUAUGAAUUCCCCCUCAACCAAGUGGACAGUCUCUUAAAUGGAACAUUUUCUGCUGAGAUGUUAUCUUCAGAGCCAAAAGACAGUGCUUCGGUUGAAGAAAGUAAUGGUACACUGGAGGAAAAACAGACUUCAGAGCAAGAGAACGAAGACAGCAUGCCAGAGGCCCCAGAGAGCAAUCACCCAGAAGAACAAGAAACAAUGGAAAUUGUAUCUCAAGAUCCAGACUCUAAGGAGCCUAAAGAGAGAGGAAACAGAAAGGAUUAUAUUCAGGAAAAGCAGAGGAGACAAGAAGAGCAGAAGAAAAGACAUUUAGAAGCUGCUGCUCUGCUGAGUGAAAGAAACGCAGACGGUUUAAUUGUAGCUAGUCGUUUCCAUCCCACUCCACUGCUGCUGUCUUUGCUGGACUUUGUGGCUCCUUCAAGGCCGUUCGUGGUCUACUGUCAAUAUAAAGAGCCUCUGUUGGAAUGCUACACAAAACUGCGGGAAAGAGGAGGGGUCAUCAAUCUCAGGCUGUCUGAAACCUGGCUCAGAAAUUACCAGGUUUUGCCAGAUCGAAGUCAUCCCAAACUACUGAUGAGUGGAGGUGGGGGGUACCUUCUCUCAGGCUUCACUGUUGCCAUGGACAACCUUAAAGCAGACCCCAGUCUCAAAUCCAGCACCAGCACUUUAGAAUCACACAAGACUGAAGAGCCAGCAGCUAAAAAACGGAAGUGCCCAGAGUCUGACUCAACCUUUCAAAAAUUGCUCUGAUUUUUGUUCUCAGACAUUAUGCAGUUAGUAAGUAAGCUUUAAAUGCCAUUACUAAUUGUGUUUUCAUAUCCUAAGAAUGAGAACAUGUCUAUACCCCUGUUCGUGGGAAGGACAAGUAAGCCUUUUGUCCUCCUCUGACACAGAUUGGUUCCGUCUGUCAAAACCUCGAGCCAGAAUACCCAAGCCUGGGGUAAGCAGUAGACUGGUAUAUGGCCAAUUGUGUUUACUUCACAAAAAUCUUCUUAAGUACUUUUAGUGCUCUGCGCAAAUAUCUUGAGAAUUUAGAGAUCAAAGAAAUAUAUUUAUACAAAACUUUGUUUAUAUGUUAAGCCAAGUGGAAUAACACACCAUCAGUGAAACUUGAGUACUGAAACGAAGGAGUCUGUGGAAGAAAUUUCCUCUGUUCAUUAUGUUCUCUUCAACCUAAGCAAUAUGAAUGUGUGUGAGACUUAACAGUACCAAAAAUGUCCACCCUUUUCCCUCCAGUGGAAUAAACUUUAAAAAAUUUUAUGUUCUAUUAUUUUAAUAGUUGAUGACGUAGAAAAGCUCUGAGUAUUUAUUUUACUGCUGUUUUUGUCAGUAGAAAGGUGUUGUAGGGUACUUUUUUGAAUUAAUUUGCCAGUCCUCUCAUUCUUUGUUCCAAAUAAAGUGACUAGAAUUUUUGUGUACUAUUAAAGGAAACAAAUGGUUUUUUCCCUCCCCAGAGACUUAUGGAGAUAGAUAGAUACAUGUAUAUGGAUGUUGGUAUAUGCGCAUACAUACAUAUAUUUAUAUGUGCACACACAUCCACAUGGAGACAGAGAGAACACACUGUCCAUAUGAACUGUAACAAAGUUUAGUGCAGGGCUUAGACCAGUCCUCAUAGCAUUAGUGUCACUCCUUGUCAAAUGUAUUUUAAAGUGCCUUUUUUUGGUGAUUAUUAAUGCUGGUUUGUUGAGCUCUGGCAUGACUAGGUGGUUAGCCUUUCUAAGCUCUGAAACAGUGUAAUUAAAUUAUUUGGUUAUCUGCAGCCAAGAAAAGUGUUUAGAGGAAGCCACGGCUCUUGCCCAUUGAGAGUCUGAGUCUUGCUCACUAAACAUGCUCAUCGUGUGUAUUGUUCAUGUUGUUAUAGAAUAGAUGCAGAUCAUCCAGCAAGGAGCAUCUCAGAAGAAAAAAAAGAAAUUGCUUUUUCCUAAUAGCAUGUACUAUUCUAAAAAUGGCCAGUGUGAUAACCAACAACUACAGUUCUGAUUCCUUUUUCUUAAAACAAUUGCUUUUAAAGAAUAAAAGCAUUUCCUACAAUGAUCCGUCUGACUUACAUGAAUGAUGCUCUCAGUGAUGCCGCAUUCAUUGGCUUUCAGCUGAUUGUGACACAUGGUCUUUGUAAGAAAACAUGCCUGGGUUGGCACGUCACUGAAUGUGUCCUUGCAAACAGUUGUCACUCAACAUGCAACCAGUCAAGUUUGGUCAAAGAGAACACAAUAUAUGCACAGACUAGAUUCAGUAGUGGCUGGUCUCCACUGGUCACUGUUGUUAGAACCAUCUCCUACUUGAAACUCAACCAGUUUUCAAGUCCCAUCUCAUUCCAUUCAGUGUGGGGGUCUGCACUGCCAAGGCCCUGUGCACCCAUAUAGCUGCCCCUGGAGUUGACUUGUGGACUUUUGCACCAGGUUAACUCAGAGUUAACCUUUACUUGUUAUGUUUUCUCAUUCAUGUAAUUUACUUCAUCUUUGAGUACUGAUGAUUUAAUUCAGUGGUUUGAAAAUUUAGUGUGCACCAGAAUCCCCUGGGGGGCUUAUUAAAACACAGAUUGCUGGGCUCCACUGAGUUUCUAAGUAUUAAGUCUGCGAUGGGGCAGGAAAUUUGCAUUUCUAAGUUUCCAGGUGACACUAGUGCUGCUGGACCGGGACCCACUCCUUGAGAAACACUUCUGUGUAUACACACACAUCAAGAGUGUCUUGUUUAUAAACUGGAUAUCCACCUUUGGAGCAGAUGAGUGGGUAAUUCUAUGACUACUAGACAUCCAGUCACCAGGAGAGCUAUGUGAAAUAGGACUUUAAUGAGUGGCCAUCAAAAAGUAAAGACAAAAUCAUUAUGUAAUGUCCAUCUUACUUCUCCAUUGGAUUAGGGUACUUGGAAAUAUACAGUGGUGCCAGUUAGAAGAUUUUUUAGCAUAGAGGUACAUUAAAAUUGUAUGAAGUUUUAUUGAGUUGUAAUUGACAUAUAAUAUUGUGUGAAUUUAAGGUGUUCAGUGUGUUGAUUUGAUGCAGUUAUAUAUUGCAGAAUUAUUACCACCAUAGCAUUAGCUAACACCUCCACCUGUGACAUACCAUUUGGGUUGGGGGCGAGAACAUUAAAAAUGUACUCUCUUAGCAACUUUCAGGUAUAUAAUUGUGGUUAAUUAUAAUCACUAUGCUCUACGUUAAAUCGCCGGAAUGUAUUCAUCUUAUAACUGAAAGUUUGUGCCUUGUGACCAGUA